AUGAGAAAGUUCACGCCCAAGUUUGUUCCUCGAAGAAAAGCUGGUCCUAGUACGGAGGAGAAGGAAGUCGAUAGUCGGGUCAAAGUUGAAUAUAAUACUGAAAAUCAACAGCAAUGGAAAAAGCAAAGACCAAAGCCUGAGAUCAACUUGACCGCCUCCGGUCCUUUUGCACUUGGUCCCAACGCUUCUUCUUCAGGAAGUCGUCCAGCGAGCUCUGCAUACAUUCCUCCACCAAGUGCUGCAGGUGUCAAAUCUGAAAGUAAAGAGGAUACUUUGUCAAAGCUUGCUGCCACUGGUGAUGUGGACGAAGAUGGGCAUUCUCGAGACAUGGUCAACAUACAGAAACUCAGAGCGCUGUCUGGUCGAGAAGGGAGUAGUAUCGAUCUGGAAGGCACCGAUUUGCUUGUUCCUGUUAUUUCAGACCGGACACUUCCAGAAUCAGCGGAUGAAGUCUUGAAGCAUCAUGCUGAAAGUGCCAUUCAAGCUGUCGUCGUGAAUAAAGAGGAAGAGGAACAAGAGAAGCUUGCCUUUGAUUUACAAUCACUUGCCCAAGAUUUAGGUUUGGCACAGCAAGAAGACAAUGAUUUUAAAGAUCAAAUCGUUUUGCUUCAGUUCCCUGACAAACUUCCUGAAUUUCUUGGUCAAGCAGACGUUGAUCCCGUAUGGCCUGAAGAGGCUACCCAAGUGAAAGAAGAAUCAGACGCUCAGGAAAAGCCUCCUCAGCCAACAGGAGAUAGUGGAAAUAAGAAAAAGGAAAGCCGUAAGGAUGAUUUGACUUCUUUACCAGUUCCUGGUUUUCAACCUCCUGCUGGACAAGUUGGUGUUAUGCGAGUUCACCAAUCCGGAAAGACUGUCUUGGAUAUGGGAGGUGUCGACUUUAUAGUUCAAUCCGGCUCAGACUGUCUAUUUCUUCAAGAGGUCGCAGCGCUUGAUUAUGAAUCUAAGCGUAUGUGGAAUCUUGGCACAUUCCAGCGAAGAAUGGUUGUCAGUCCUAAUUUUUAA